AUGGCGAUAGUAGAAGAUAUCACAUCUGCAGAUGACCGUUUGGAAGACAAAUCAAUCUCCAAGGAGCGGCUGACGAGCGAUAUCGAGCGAUUGACUAAGCAGUUGACAGUCCCAGCUGAAUUGGUCCCGGGAUUUAUGGCAAGUCAAGAUGACGCUGGUCUGUCACGAUAUCGCAACAAGUCUCUGGAUAUCCUAUACGAAGUAAAGAAGAAUCUGGAACAUCCAUACUGGGAAGAAAUAGAACCUGAGAUUCAAUUACGAUUAAUCGAAAACGUCCUUCGUCUGAAUGGCGUUAGAGAUCCAUGGUCUUCUGUAGAGAUACGUUCAAUCAUACAAGAUAUUAUACCUCAUCUAUCAACCUCCAUUCCACUCCUCAUCCUUCCAACUCUCAAACCAUAUUUCGCUUCCCACCCAUCCCUCUCAUCCUCUUCCAGAGCCCUCAGUCGUCCAGUGGGAGGUACAGACUCCUCCAUCGACUUACACGAUGUACAACCAUUCAAAGAUCCAUCCUCAUGGGGAAAUAUCAGCCUCCUAUCUUACUCUGUUCAGCACCUGUCCCCUGUCGAUGUCGAAAAGAACAUCGGAUUGAUACUUCCUCCCACGUUGGUAUUGAUGGAUGACUGGGAACCGUCUUAUCGGCUUAGAGGAGCAGAGAUAUUGGACAUAUGGGUAGAUAAACUAGAUGAAGGACUGAUGAAAAGAAUGGGUAUAGAUAAAUUAUUAAUCGAUUCGUUGAUUCAUACGAUAUCCUUGUCCAGUAAUCCACCGUUAAAAGGUUUAUUACAGAUUGCUUUGAAAGUAAUUCAGAAAUGUACGGAACCUCAAUCUCAGACAAGGACGGAAUAUUAUAGUGAGAUUGUAGAAAAGGGUAUAAUUCAAGGAUGGACCUACGCACCAUCCGGUCUGGAAGGUAGAGAAGUGUUGAUGAAUAUCAAUGAGAUGUUAGAAGGUAUGAUGGAAGUUAUGGGAACAGGUAUAAUAAGGUGGUUAAAGAAUAUAAUUCCAAAUUUACUUCAACCGCUACAAUUUCCCCCUACAGCUUUGGUCUUACCUCACUAUCAAUCGAAUCUGCGCUGUCUUUUGAGAGUGAUGAGGACAUCACGAAAGACUGGUAGGAUGGAAAGGUGGAGAGGUCAGAUAUUGAAUAUCCUCUGUAGAUUGUGGGUACAGUUGAAAGAGAGACGAGGGUUGGAAGAUGAAGAUGACGGAAUUAACGAUAACAAAGAUGACAUCGAGAUCGAUGUCCGAACACUGAUCAAGCAGAUCUUCACAGAGUUAUCUGAACAAGUUCCUUCAGUCAGAGAUGAUGAAUAUCGGACAUUGUUAGACCUCUCUCCAGGGAUGUUUGGUGAUCUUAUAUCGUCAAUAAACAUCAUGGAAACAUCGAGCUAA